AUGCCACGCACACCUACAGUCGAGAAGAGGGAGAGAUUGACGCUUUCUCAGCUUGCAACAUACGAUGAUAUCUUGACAGAUACCCUUGUGGACCAUGCUUACUUCUGGACGACCAUUCGGAAAAAUAGAACCAAAUAUUUCCCAGUCAGGGGUAUUAAUGAGGAGUCUGUUACUUCUAUACUCCUUCACGAUGUGAUCGUUGCCAAAGACGUGUCGAAGGCAGAGAAGGAGUUCUUAGCACUUCCGGGCAUUAAGAAGUUCACUGAUAGGCUUCGUUCCGAUCGGGAGAAAGAAUGGUUUCGUCGACAUCUUCGAAAAUACAUCUCAAUAUAUCUCCCUGAUUGCCCUUUUGAGGUUGCGACUACGAAUCGAUAUACGGUUUUGACUCAUGAGGCCGCGGUAUCUGCUAGGAAAUUCAUACCGUCAGGUCACCCGGUGAAGUAUUUGAGUGGGACACUUGUUUCAAUCACCAAGGAGGAGGAAAAUGACCUGGACCUUACCAAGCGGGAUUUCAGCAUCGUCAUGUCGACUAGAAAAAAGACCGCAUCGUUGUUUUUGGGACCUGCGAGAUUUGCGAAUCACGACUGUAACGCCAAUGCGAAGCUGGUCACGAGGGGCUUCGAGAGUAUGGAAGUGGUCGCCACCCGGGAUAUCGACGUUGGAGAUGAAAUAACGGUCUCAUACGGCGAUAACUAUUUUGGUGAAGAUAACUGCGAAUGUCUUUGCCACAGCUGUGAGAUGGCACAGCGUAAUGGUUGGUCUUCACCAACAGCCUCCCGUGUCAAUAGCUGGGUGCAUAGCGCAUCUGAGUUUUCUGAUGCAUCAGACACUUCAUCUAUCCCCUCAAAUGGGUGCGAAAAGCAUGAGUUAGAAACGGACUCUGAUAUGCCCGAUGGUUUUCUGGGGAAGAGACGGAAAGUGGAACGGAUAUCUUCAAACUUGAGGCUACAAGAAUCUGUAGAUGAUACAGGCGAUGCCGAUGAAGAAGUAAACCAGAGGCCACCUUCUCCACUGAGGAAUAUGUGCUUGUCCGCCGGAAAUGCGGAAGCAAUCAAUGAUUCCACUUUACCCAGAAAUGACAACACUGAAAAUGGGUGUAAUAGAGCCAAUAUUCCCGUUUGCGACGAGGAAAUAUCAGCAACCUGUCGAACCUCAAGAGACACUUCUAUUGAAAAUAGUAGUGGUCAAUCAUCUGGAUCCACUGCCGCAACAUCUUGCCCGGCAUCUGGUGAUCAGGCACCACUUGCUCCAGAGGCAGAAGAGACUUCUAUAAAAUAUCCAGAAAUGGCUGAAAAGCCACCCGAGCUACAAAUGAAACCCCCAUUUCCUCAGAUACUCCUUGGAGAUUCUGAGACAGAUCUAUCUGACUUAUCCACGACAUCAGAACCAGUUGAAUCAGGAGCUCCAAUUGACGCCCCCAAACCUAAACGAAAAUACAGGAAACGGGGGCUCCCAUUACCGGUGGUUGAGGAGCCCCCAAUUUUUAAGAUCCGUGUCCCUGGUGACUAUACCAAGACUAGUGUUCUACUGGUACAGCGUUGUGACCGAUGGGUUGAAUGCCAAACGUGCAGUGAUUGGUUUGUUCAAGGGGAAGCCUAUUUUACAAGAAAGGAGUGUCCACGCUGUGAACGGCAUUCUAAACUAUAUGGAUAUCGAUGGCCCAAAACUGAUAAAGAGGGUAGGCGUGACAAGGAAGAACGGGUAAUGGACCACCGCACAAUCCAUCGUUUCUUAACUAAUGAUGAUGAAUCGCGGCUUGAUCGACGGAGUCGGGGACUUGGUGUGAGUACGACGAGCCCAACGCCAGAUGUUUCUGAGACAAGGACGGAAACAGAUGCAAGCGAGAUUGGAGAAGGAAGACGUGUUACUCGAUCAUGCCGACGGGCGUCCCGGAGACUUGAGGAGAGUUGUGUUUAA